UCCCAGGCAGCUUGCGACUCUACACCACCAAGUGAGCUUGCCUGCUGCAGGAGGAUGCUUCAGGAGUCUCGACGCGCCGGUUGAUCCCAGAGCUCCACCGAGCCAUCCCCGGCCGACUUGAACAAGUCGUGACACGAUUUUUUCUUCUUUCUUCUUUUUCCCUUUUAUUCCCGUCGAAUCGUUAAUCGCAUUACAUCCUAAUCAAAAUGGCGGACCAAAAUAUCUCACAGUACAAAUACUCGGCGAUGUCCAACCUGGUUCUCCAGGCGGACCGUCGUUUUAUUUCUCGCGUCAACGAUGAACCGACCGGAGACCCGGAAUCCCUCGCAGGUCGCAUCAGCAUCCGGGAGAUGGGCGGUAACGUCGCACGCGACAAUGCGCCGAAAUCGAAAAAGAAGGCUGUUGGGCCGACAGAUAUCGAGCGGGGCGCCAUCCGAGAGGGCGAGGAUGUGCUCGCCCGAGAACAGAAGAAACGCCAACGCGGCCAACCAGCACAACUCCGGGGCCAGGGCAUUCUGUCCGCCGCUGACGCCGUCGUCGAAGGUCUGAAAUAUCGCCCUCGUACACCGGCCACCCGCGCCACAUACGAUCUCAUCCUCACCACGACCGCUGGCCAUCUGGGCGAUGUUCCGCACGAAGUCGUUCGAAGUGCCGCCGACGCCGUAUUAGAACUACUCAAGGACGAGGAAAUGAAGGAGUUCGAUAAGAAGAAGGAGGUGGACGAUCUGCUCGGAAGCUCGAUGGAUCCCAAGGAAUUUAAUGAGCUUAUGAACUUGAGCAAGAAAAUCACCGACUACGACGCACAGGACGAUGACGAAGAUAUGGACGACGGCUUAGAGGGCGAAGGUGAAGAGCUUGAUGAACGACAAGGCGUCGCCGUUGUGUUCGACGAAGAAGACGAAGACGACGAGCGCGUGGGUACCGUCGAUGAAGUCCGUGACGAAGACUCGGAUGAAGAAGAUGCGGACCAGCAAGACGCACCUGGUGUUGAUGAGACAACGACCGAGAAGGCGGAUCUUGAAGACCUGGAUGGCAGCGAGGAAAUGGUCAUCGAUGGUGGUGUGUCUCGUGGCGAGGAUCGCCGAGACAAAGGACUUCAUGUUCCGGCCCGUGAAAUCGACGCCUACUGGCUCCAGCGCCAGAUCGGACAGGCUUACUCGGAUGCCCAUAUCCAGCAAGAAAAGGCCACCGGAGCCCUUGAGAUUCUAGGUGGUAAGGGCGAGGACGGCGCGGAGAAGCCGCUGCGAGACGUCGAAAACGACCUCAUGGACCUGUUCGAUUACGACCACCCCGACCUUGUCGCUAAACUAGUGACCAACCGUGAUAAGAUUGUUUGGGCAACUCGCUGGCGACGGGUGGCCGAGGAUGCGGAUGCGCGCAAUCUCGUCGAAAUUGAAAUGGUGGAGGCUGGGCAUCGUGCUAUCUUGGAUGAAAUCCGGGGCAAGACCGCUCGCGAAGAGGAGACAGGCCGACCCGAGAAGAAGAUCAAGCUUGAUCUCAUGGACGUUGAUGUACCGAACGCACCUGCUGAACCGGAGCAAAAGCCGGCAGACGGUGGCGUUGUUGGCGGUCUUCAACCCAAGAGGCUGAUUAACCUGGAAAACCUUGUUUUCCACCAGGGCAACCAUCUGAUGACCAACCCCAAUGUCAAGCUGCCCCAGGGCUCCACCAAGCGCACGUUCAAGGGUUACGAAGAAAUUCACGUACCACCGCCGAAGGCUAAGAGGGACCCUGGCGAGAAGAACCUCCCGACGACGGAGUUGCCCGAGUGGGCUCGCGUCGGUUUCGGGAACUCCAAGGAGCUCAACCGCAUUCAAACCAAAUGUUUCCCUACUGCCUUCCACGACGAUGGUAACAUGCUUGUUUGCGCUCCCACCGGGUCCGGAAAGACCAACGUUGCCAUGCUCACGAUUCUGCGAGAGAUUGGAAAGAAUCGCAACCCUGAAACCGGUGAAAUCAUGCUGGACGACUUCAAGAUUGUUUACAUCUCUCCCCUAAAGGCUCUGGUUCAAGAGCAAGUUGGCAAUCUCGGCAAGCGUCUUGAGCCGUAUGGCAUCAGGGUGGCCGAACUUACUGGUGACCGCCAGCUUACGAAGCAGCAAAUCGCGGAGACCCAGAUCAUCGUCACGACCCCCGAGAAGUUCGACGUCAUCACGAGAAAGGCGUCGGAGACCAGCUACACGAAGCUUGUGCGCCUGGUGAUCAUCGAUGAAAUCCAUCUGCUUCACGAUGAGCGAGGCCCCGUCAUUGAAAGCAUCGUCAGCAGAUCCAUUCGCAAGGGCGAGCAGACCGGCGAUCCGGCGCGUAUCGUUGGUCUUAGUGCCACCCUUCCCAACUACCGAGAUGUGGGCAACUUUCUGCGAGUGGAUCCUGUCAAGGGUAUGUUCCACUUUGAUGGGUCGUAUAGGCCGUGCCCGCUGAAGCAGGAAUUCAUCGGUGUCACCGACAAGAAGGCCAUCAAGCAAUUGAAAACGAUGAACGAUAUCUGCUACAACAAGGUCCUCGAGCAGGUUGGACAACGCCGAAACCAGAUGUUGAUCUUCGUUCACUCCCGGAAGGAAACGGCCAAGACCGCCAAGUACAUCAGAGACAAGGCUCUUGAGAUGGAGACGAUAGGUCAAAUUCUGCGCAGUGAUGCUGCCAGCAGGGCCAUUCUGUCCGAAGAAGCCGAAUCGGUUGACGACGCUUCGCUCAAGGACCUGAUGCCAUACGGCCUUGGUAUUCACCAUGCUGGUCUGAGUCUUGCUGACCGUGAUUCGGUGCAGGCCCUCUUUGCCGAUGGUAGUAUUCAGGUCUUGGUCUGCACGGCCACCCUCGCGUGGGGUGUCAACCUUCCCGCUCAUACCGUCAUCAUCAAGGGUACUCAAAUCUACUCGCCAGAGAAGGGUAGCUGGGUCGAGCUCAGUCCCCAGGAUGUGCUACAGAUGCUGGGUCGAGCAGGACGUCCUCAAUAUGACACAUUUGGUGAGGGUAUCAUCAUCACGUCCCAGUCCGAGAUUCAAUAUUACCUCUCUCUCAUGAACCAGCAACUGCCCAUUGAGAGUCAGCUCAUGAGUAAACUCGCCGACAACAUGAAUGCUGAGAUUGUUCUUGGAAACAUCCGAACGCGGGAUGAGGCCGUUGACUGGCUUGGUUACACCUACCUGUUUGUGCGCAUGCUUCGCUCUCCUGGUCUGUACAGUGUUGGAGCGGAUUACGAGAACGACGAUGCGUUGGAACAGAAGCGUGUUGAUCUCGUCCACUCUGCUGCUACCAUCUUGGAACGGGCGGGUCUCGUCAAGUAUGAGAAGAAGGCCGGUCGCUUGCAAUCCACCGAGCUUGGCCGGAUUGCCUCCCAUUACUACAUUGGCCACAAUUCCAUGUUGACGUACUCGCAACACAUCCAGCCAUCGAUCACGACCAUUGAGCUUUUCCGCCUAUUCGCUCUGAGUGAUGAGUUCAAGUACAUCCCCGUUCGCCAGGAUGAGAAACUCGAAUUGGCGAAACUCCUAGGCCGUGUGCCUGUGCCUGUCAAGGAAGGCAUUGAUGAGCCCCACUCCAAGAUCAAUGUUCUCCUCCAGGCUUACAUCUCAAGACUCAAGCUCGACGGUCUUGCUUUGAUGGCAGACAUGGUCUACGUCACCCAGUCUGCCGGACGAAUUCUGCGUGCGUUGUUUGAAAUCACUCUGAAGAAGGGCUGGUCUUCCGUGGCGAAGACGGCUCUUGAUCUUUGCAAGAUGGCCGAGAAGCGGAUGUGGCCGACCAUGACACCGCUUCGCCAAUUCCCCUCUUGCCCCCGGGAUAUCAUGCAGAAGGCUGAAAGAAUCGACGUGCCUUGGGCCAGCUACUUCGACCUUGAUCCUCCACGUAUGGGCGAGCUCUUGGGCAUGCCCAAGGCCGGACGAGUUGUUUGUGACCUGGUCGCCAAGUUCCCCCGUUUGGAGGUGCAGGCUCAGGUUCAACCCAUCACUCGCUCCAUGCUCCGGGUCGAGUUGACUAUCACACCCAAUUUCGUCUGGGAUGAGAGCGUGCACGGCAAUGCUCAGGACUUCUGGAUUUUGGUUGAAGACUGUGAUGGCGAGGAUAUUCUGUUCCAUGACCAGUUCGUCCUGCGGAAGGACCACGCCGAGGCGGAGAUGAAUGAACACCUUGUGGAGUUCACCGUCCCCAUUACGGAGCCCAUGCCUCCCAACUACUUCAUUUCCCUUGUUUCUGACCGUUGGAUGCACUCGGAAACGAAGAUCGCCGUGUCGUUCCAGAAGCUGAUCCUGCCUGAGCGCUUCCCGCCGCAUACGCCUCUGCUGGACAUGCAGCGGGCUCCCGUUAAGGCGCUGAAGCGUGAAGAUUACCAGCAACUGUACCCUGAUUGGCAAUACUUCAACAAGAUCCAGACGCAGACUUUCAAGUCUCUUUUCGAUACGGAUGAUAAUGUCUUCGUCGGUGCCCCUACCGGCAGCGGUAAGACGGUCUGUGCCGAGCUUGCUUUGCUUCGCCACUGGUCUACGGAGGAUGCCGGCCGGGCUGUUUAUAUCAGUCCAUUCCAAGAACUCAUUGACCAGCGACUUGCUGACUGGGAGAAGCGAUUGGCGAAUGUUGCCGGUGGCAAGAACAUUGUGAAACUCACCGGUGAGACAACUGCUGAUUUGAAGCUCUUGGAGCAGGCGGAUCUGGUCCUCGCUACACCUACUCAGUGGGACGUUCUCUCCCGGCAAUGGCAACGACGUAAGAACGUGCAGUCCGUGCAACUGUUCAUUGCGGAUGAACUUCACAUGCUGGGAGGCUACGGUGGCUACAUCUACGAGGUGGUGGUCUCUCGGAUGCAUUCCAUUGCUCUGCAGCUCGAGAACGGUCUGCGUCUUGUUGGACUGAGUGUGCCCCUUGCCAAUGCUCGCGACAUUGGCGAGUGGAUUGGCGCCAACAAGCACACCAUUUACAACUUCAGCCCUCACGCUCGCCCGGUGCCUCUCGAGCUUCACCUCCAGUCCUUUACCAUCCCUCAUUUCCCCUCCCUCAUGCUCGCGAUGGCCCGACCCGCAUACCUCUCAAUCUUGCAGCUGUCUCCGGAUAAGCCUGCGCUGGUCUUCGUGCCGAAUCGGAAGCAAACGCGUUCGACGGCCAUGGAUAUGCUGGCUGCCUGUGCCAUUGAUGACGAUGAAGAUCGAUUCCUUAAUGCCGAUGUCAACGAGCUGGCUCCUCUCCUUAACCGGAUUCAAGAGCGAACUCUCGCCGAGUCGCUUUCCCACGGUAUCGGAUAUUACCACGAGGCGUUGAGUCCCACCGACAAGCGUAUUGUCUCUCAUCUGUUUACGAUUGGUGCCAUUCAGGUGCUCUUGGCCUCGCGCGAUGUUUGCUGGGAGCUAAACCUCACCGCACACCUGGUGAUUGUUAUGGGAACGCAGUUCUUCGAAGGACGAGAGCAUCGGUACAUUGAUUAUCCUAUCAGCGAGAUUCUGCAAAUGUUCGGCAAGGCUUCCCGCCCGGGAGAGGAUAAGAUCGGCCGCGGUGUCUUGAUGGUCCCGGCCGUCAAGCGUGAAUAUUACAAGAAGUUCCUCAACGAGGCUCUGCCCGUCGAGAGUCACCUGCAGGCCUAUCUCCACGAUGCUUUCGUGACGGAGACCAGUACCCGGACCAUCACGUCAACGCAGGAUGCUGUCGAUUGGAUGACGCACACCUACUUCUACCGUCGUCUGUUUGCCAACCCUAGUUUCUACGGACUGAGCGAUGUCAGCCACGAGGGUCUCAGUACUUUCCUGUCUGAACUCGUGGAGAACACACUGAAGGAGUUUACCGAAGCCAAGAUCAUCGAUCUGGAUGAAGAGGACGACAGCGUGUCUCCCUUGAACGCGGCCAUGAUCGGCGCCUACUACAACAUCUCCUUCAUUACCAUGCAGACCUUCCUUCUCUCGCUGUCUGCUCGUACGAAGCUCAAGGGUAUCCUCGAGAUUGUCACUUCUGCCACGGAGUUUGAAUCCAUCCAAAUGCGUCGCCAUGAGGAACACAUUCUGCGUCGUGUUUACGACCGUGUGCCAGUGAAGAUGUCCGAGACCGCGUACGACUCUCCUCACUUCAAGGCAUUCGUGUUGCUGCAGGCCCACUUCUCGCGCAUGCAGCUGCCCAUCGACCUUGCCAAGGACCAAGAGGUCAUUGUCAGCAAGAUCCUCAACCUACUCAGCGCUUGUGUGGAUGUUCUCUCGUCAGAGGGACAUCUAAACGCCAUGAAUGCCAUGGAAAUGUCACAGAUGGUGGUUCAGGCCAUGUGGGAUCGGGAUAGCCCCUUGAAGCAAAUCCCCCACUUCGGUCCGGACGUUAUCAAGGUCGCCAACGAAUACAAUAUUAAUGACAUCUUCGAAUUCAUGGAGUCCAUGGAUCCCUCCGAAAACAAGGAUUACCCUACCCUCAUCAAGCGACUUGGCCUCGACAACAAGCAGCUGGCACAGGCCGCGGCCUUCACCAACGAGAAGUACCCCAACAUCGAUCUGGACUUCCAGGUGGAGGACCCAGAGAGCGUCACUUCGGGCGAACCGGCCUACCUCAAGGUCAAGAUCGAGCGGGAGAUCGAGGAGGAUGAGGAGCCCGACACGACGGUCCACGCGCCCUUCUACCCCAACAAGAAGAUGGAGAACUGGUGGCUGGUGGUGGGCGACGAGAAGACCAAGAACCUGCUUGCCAUCAAGCGUGUCACCAUUGGCCACAAAUUGGAGCUGCGUCUGGAAUACAUCGUGCCUACCCCUGGUGAGCAUGAACUGACGCUGUACUUGAUGAGUGACAGCUAUGUGGGCGUGGAUCAAGCUCCUACUUUCACCGUGACUGCCGCGGAAGGUAUGGAGGAGGACAGUGAAGAAGAGGAAGAGGAAGAGUAAAUAAUGUGUAUUGUUAUUUAUUUCUUUUGAUCGUUUAUACUCCAAAAUCAUUCUGUUGGCAUUUGGUUCCGGAGUGGGUUUGUUGAUUUGUUGUAAUUAUAUGAACUGACGUUAGACAAAAGAUGAG